AUGACUUCUGUUUUUGCCUCCUGCUUCCUCUGCGCGCUCAUUCUGGCACUGACAGAAGCCUUUACGCACGACGACAUGAAGGAUUCCCUGCUGAAAAAACUAGGACUCAGCGAAGUUCCUCAGAUUCAUAAACGGGACCUGGAGAACCUGGUGGUACCGGCGCACAUUAAGAACAAGUACGUGUCCAUGCUGAAGCUGCACCACGAAAGGAGGCGCCGCUCUCUUCCCAGUUUGGCAGGGAUUUUACGCGGCAUCCCGGGUAACGCAGACAUCUCUGGGGAGUUCGUGUAUUCUGACACGACCCGUCAGCGCGUGGUGUUCGAGAUGAACUCAAGGAUUCCGGACAACAGCGAGGUGACCAUGGCCGAGCUGAAGCUGUAUAAGAAAGCGUCGCACAAGCGAUCCAUGCCCGAGAGGAAGGGUCAGAGGCCAGUAAACAACGCGCGAGUCAGCAUUUACUGGGUGGAUGUGCUCGGGAACGGCUCGAACCGCACUUCCCUCGUCGAUUCCAGGUUGAUUCCCAUCCAUGAAGCGGGCUGGAAGAGCUUCGAUGUCACGCAGGCUAUACAUUAUUGGUCCAAGAGUGAGCGGAACGCACCCAUGCACCUGGAGGUGUGGAUCGAGGGCGAGAGACCCGGCAGUUACGCGGCGGAAAUGGCCAAGAACGUCCAGUUUACCACUCAGGAGCCGAGCGACAUCCUGGGGAAACCCGAACUCGUCCUCUACACACUUAACCUUGAAGAGUUUGGUUCACACGGCGACUGCGAGCCAAACAAACAUAAGGACGUGUGCUGCCGUGAGGAGUACUUCAUUAAUUUCCGCGCUCUGACCUGGACGCAGUACUGGGUGAUCGAGCCUGCGGGGUACCAGGCGUUCCGCUGUGCGGGGGGCUGCAGGCAGCCACAGCGAGGGCUUUACACUUACGGCCAGAGGAAAUGCGCGGUGGUGGAAAGCUCCCCGCUGCCGAUGAUGUACCUGGUGAAGAAGGGCGAUUACACCGAAAUCGAAGUGGCCGAAUUUCCGAACAUGAUCGUGGAGAAGUGCGGCUGCGCCAUGGACAACACCUCCCUUGUGUGACCCCAAAACCCCCGUUCCAGACGCACAGUACUUACAGCUUCUAUUAAGCUUGGACUUUUUUCUUUUCUUUCUUUCUUUCUUUUUGUAUGAACAUUGGCCUCUGGCCUGGCUGAAUGACAUCAAGCACUUUGUAUUAACUUUGUAUGUAUUUGGUGUAAUUAAACGUAUUAUUAUUAUUAUUAUAUUUUUUAAUUAUUAUUAUUUUUUGCAUUGGCAACCGGUACGACGCCGCAUUAAACACUGGAAUUAAUUAGAAGUUAUAUUUUGGACUGCGUUUUCACUGUGUUGGUGUAUGAAGUAAACUAUUUUUCACUCUGUGUGUGUGUGUGUGUGUGUGUGUGUGUGUGUGUGUGUGUGUUCAUUUGGAUUACAGCUUUGGUUAUUGCAGUGUUUGUGUUUGCAUGGAGCGCAGACUGUUGGCACACAAGUCCAUCACAGCUUUGUUUACUCUGUUUUGCAUACACGACCUGCACAGCGUGCACCGGAGCACUAUAUUUGACAUUUGAAGAGGGAAAAAAAUGUCAAUUGUCUUUUAAAACUCUGGCAAGAGGACUAUGCUCGACGUGAGUGACGUAUAACGACGUGUAACGUAAGAGUUGAAGUGAAUGCACACGGGCUUCAGGGUGUAGGCUGCGCGUCAGAAGGAUCCGUUCAGGCUAGUUCUCUCCAAGUGUGGUGAAUUUGCGCACAUACGUAGAUAACUAAAUGGAAACGCUAGCAGCAUGCUGAAAACAGGGCCAAAAACAGCAAAGUUUUUGCGCUUGAGAAAAGUAUGAAGGUUGGCAAUACAGAACAUAGUCUAACAGCAACUCAUUUAUCAAAAUGAAAACCACUAUUUUUAAUCAUACCUUAAGAGACUCGGAAAAUAACAUGUUAUUUAAUAUCAGAUGUGUCAUAUAAGAUGAAUUCGGGUACACUAUACUGUAUGGGCAAAAA